ACACACGUCGAAGAUUUCAACAAUCGGUGUUAUUCGGUCAUAACUAAAAGAUGGCCAGCCUCAAGUGGUUAGCUAUUCUACAACUCUUAAUUAUUUUCGGUGCUCUUGGGCACGCCGAAGUUGAUGAAAUUACCGAUGUCGUAAAGGAGAAGCUUUAUGAGGCUAUCUCCAAAACUGGAUCUACGAUCAAAUCCGGAUCGGCAAGCUUACAGAGUCUUGAUGAUGCCGUGCGUAACGUUAUAAAAAUGAAAAAGGGCGCGGCUAAGUCGCUCUUGGAUCUAGUAAGCAAUCGUAUCUUAAAACCUGAAAAGGACGCACCCGCUUCCCUCUCAUCAUGUGGUGAAGGGGAAUUAGUUUGUGAAAUCAAAGGGGUACUGGCCGCAGAAUCCACACAGCAACCAAACACCAUAACUUAAUGUAGUGUGUAUUGCAAGGAAAUAAAGAGGAAAGCAUCUAACAACGCAUCAGAUUUAAUAAUGAAUCAGAUGAACAGAACAUCCUAAUGAAACUUAAAUGUAUAUUUAAUGAAUUAUAUAUAUAAUAUGUUGUUAGUAUAGUCAAAAAUUGACAAUGUGGAAAAAGGCAAUGAUAAUGAAACAGAUGUAAUAAAAU